AUGCACCGCGCCCUCCUCCUCCCCGAGGUCGUCGCUACAAUCCUGCAAAAUGAAGUCUCGACCAAAGGCUUCUUAUUCACGGCCCUUUUCAUCAACAAGCUCUUCUUCAAAGAGGCGAGUCGGAUUCUAUGGUAUGGAUGUGGUACCCGAUACGGCAAUCCCAUCUACCAUCUCGCCCGAAUUGUCAAGAAUGAUCAGAGGCGAGCACAACUAUACGCAGACUUGAUCCGUAUGGUCCAUUUCGCGUACGAAUUCAGCAACGACGAAUAUACAGAGGAGGCAAAAUGGCACGAACAACUCACCAGACUCCAAUAUCCUCAACUGGAAAGGGUUCACUUCGAGGACGCCCUAGACUCUGUUUCUUUCAACCGCGGAGACAUUAUAAUUCACUACGCACAACCGAAUGUCAAAGAGUUUAGAUUACGUGGUGGCAGCAUGCUGUCUGAUUCAUUUUUGGAGACGCUGGGCCAACGUUGCCUCAGGCUGAGAUCGGUAGAACUUGAGAUCCACAAGCAGAACUAUAUUUCAGUCAAAGGACUAGUCAACUUCCUUGAACGAUCUCAGUCUUUGGAGAUUGUUCACCUCCGCGAGGGUUUCGAAAACAGCUGGUCUGCCAGAGCAUUCGAGGUCAUUUCACAAUACCCUAGGCUGGAACUACUCAGCAUCCCGGAUGUCGAAGACACCUGGAUCGAAUCCCUAGCCGCUGGUUUCCCUGUCCUGACGAGUCUGUGGCGGUUCGGAGCAUCUGACCGAGGCCUAGAGCGAAUGCAUCGAGUGGCCCCAAACCUUACCACACUUCAUUUGGAUCUCACAAACUUAUCUCCGUCGCAUCAUGCGCUCGCCUCAGCCUCCAACUUCUCUCUCCUGGCUAUGUUUUCGGUUAAAUUUGCACCGGGAAGUAGCAUCAACGGGCAGGAACUAGUGCUCCUCGCACAAAACUGUCCGAACUUGACUUGGGUCCAAGUGGGGGAG